AUGUCUACCAGGAGGGUUCCCCUGUCCUACAGCAAUCCGAAUAUUCUCAAUUCCCCUGCGCGAGUUGGGUCGGCUGUCGGCAAUGGCAUCAAGAAGGGCCGCACUCACGCAGAGUCGGUGCGGGAGGAGCCGUACGGCCAACCUCCGCCCGCGAAGCGACAGAUGAUUGACCGCGGCGUGGCUUCACCAACCGCAACUAGGGCCACCCGGGCUAUCGUCCAUCGAACAGCUUCCCGGGCCACGGGAGCCACCACCGCCACGACCAACAGAGCGACCCACACUACGACUUACGGGCAUACCCAGGAGGAGCUGAUUAGUCUCCAGGCAUGGACCACUCAUACCCGUGCUCGCUUUCCCAAGAUGGUGUUCUACUUCGAGAGCAUCCCCGACGAGCUGCGGCCCAAACUGGCUAAGCAGGUUAGCCGCCUUGGUGCUCGCGAAGAGAAGUUCUUCUCCAUCGACAUUACCCACGUCGUCACCACCCGAACGAUCCCGUCCGAGAAGCCGAAGGGAGAGCAAGAUGGCCGGGCUGAGGGUCAGGGGGACCGCGAGCAGCCGAGGACGAUCGACCCGUCUCUUCUCAAUCGCCCCGCGGAUCCCACAAGGAGGAAGCUGGUGUUCGAUACGGCCUCGAGCGGGAGACCCGGUGCCCCCAAGACGCGCAGUGUGGAUGUUCUGGACCGGGCUCGCGAGAUGGGCAAGAAGAUCUGGUCAUUGGAGAAAUUGCAGAAGAUCCUGAAGAUGCUGCUGGAAACCGACCCGCGCUUGGCCGCUGCUGGGGGUUACGACCACGGGAGUACACAGAGCACAACCACAAAGGUGGCAACCGGCCAUCCCGACAUAAAGAGGCUCCUCGACGAGGAACGUGUCCAUGGCCCCUCGGAUCGAGACCCGACGGUCCCGGGCAAGGAACUGUACACCUUCAAGGGGUAUUACAUCUAUGUGUACGAUCUCGAGGAGAAGACCAAGCCGAUCAUGGCCCGCGAAUUCCGCAAGGGAGCGGACCCAACGGAUGGAGAGUGGCCCCAGUUCCGGUCCGCGUCGCACGGCCGCUGUCCCUUUGUGAUCGACGAGAACUACGACGCCGCGGAAAAGGAAGACCGGGAACGGGACCGAGCUCGAGCCAAGGCGCGGGCUGCCAGAGCUGCCGCCGAAGAUGCUGUUGAUCCGGCAGCCCAGCAACCGAAGGCUUCCGAGGCCCCUCCGCCAAAGCCGGCAACAGGCAAGCGCACCCUGUCGCAGAUGGAAGAUGGGCAUAACCGGGGGAUGGCAAACGUUCGGGAGACCGUGUUGCUCGACCGGUCCAAGAUCUCCAAUCCGCCUGUCUUUGACUUCCAGUCCCAGAACGCGUUUGUCAGCCAGGCGAAGGCCGGCCGCUUCGUCGCCGGUGAACCGGUGGCAUCCGGCUUGCAGCCGUCCAACAUCACAUCGGCCAUCCGGUCCCAGAUGAUCUCCUCCACUACUGGUGGUGUACUGGGAGCCAAAGCGGGGACGAGCAAGGAGAUCCAUGGGCUGCAAAGGAAAGUCGUUCUACAAAGGACCGGUACUUCUGCGCAGGCUCAGGAUCUUAGCUCUGUCCGGAGAGGCGAGACAAGCCAUAACGGUACCACGUUCGGCCGGUCAGCCAGCGUCACCGGAGUAACAAGCCGGAGACUCGACCCUUUCGUGGACGAAGAGAGGUUAAAGGAGCAGGAGAAGCUGCGGAGGACCGUCAGUGUCCCCGUCUCGCAGCCCAAGCCGAAGCGCGAUCCCAAACCGGGGUACUGCGAGAAUUGCCAGGAUAAGUUCGCUGAUUUUGAAGAGCACAUCGUCUCCCGCAAGCACCGCAAGUUUGCAGAGAACGAUGAAAACUGGACGCAGCUCGACGCGCUCCUCUCGCAGCUCAAGCGUGUACCCCGAUACUAA